CAGCCAUGGCUGAUGAGAAGACUUUCCGCAUCGGCUUCAUCGUGCUGGGGCUUUUCCUGUUGGCCCUGGGGACGUUUCUCAUGAGCCACGACAGGCCCCAGGUCUACGGUACCUUCUAUGCCAUGGGUGGCAUCAUGGUGAUCGGGGGCGUCGUCUGGAGCAUGUGCCAGUGCUACCCUAAGAUUGCCUUUGUGCCCGCUGACUCCGAAUUCCAAGGCAUCCUCUCCCCGAAGGCACUGGGGCUGCUGGAGAACAAGCUCAGCACCGAGAUGAAGAGACCCAGCCCCCAGCCUCCGUAUGUCAGGCUGUGGGAGGAUGCUGCCUAUGACCAGAGCCUGUCCGACUUCACCCACAUCCAGAUGAAGGUCAUGCAUUACAGUGAGGACCCUCGCCCCCUGCUGGCCCCUGAGCUGGGGCAGCCACAGCCAGGAGCCACUGAUGGAGGAGCAGGAGGCCCUGUAGACUCUCAGGCCUGGGUGGAGGCUGCUGUGGUUGUCCACCGGGGCUCAGACGAGGACGAGGGAGAGAGAAUCCCGGCUCAGAGCAGGUCCAGCCCCCCAGCCUGUCCCCAGGGCCCUGCACCCUUGGCCUCCUUCCAACAAGACCUGGAUGUGGGCUCCAGCCAGGGCAGCAGCCCCAACCCAUCUCCGCCCAAUGGGGAGGAGCCUCGCCCGCUGCCGCCUGAUCCCUGGACCUCCAAGUGCCAGCUGGACCACUUCCAAGACUUUGCCCUGAUUGACGCCCCCACGUCAGGGGAUGCGCCACCAGAGGGGCCACAGCAGGAGACGGUCCUGCCCAGCUACCGGCAGUGGUAUCCUAGGACGAAGGAGGAGGAGCCAUCGGACACAGGCGUGGAGGAACCUCAGGAGGAAGAUGACGACCUGUACUAUGGGCUGCCAGAUGGGCCUGAGGACCCCUUCCCAGACAAGGAACUGGGCUUUGAGCCCGACACCCAGAGCUAA